GUACCCCUGCCCCCGCCCCCCAGUAUUCGCACGCAGCCUCAGGCAGGGGGGCGUACGACAGGCCGGCAGGGCGAGGGGAUGGGUGGGGUUAGACGUCUCGGCUAGCUCAGCACACGCCGGUCAUCGUCACACAAACCUGUUGAGCGAGGCGAAGUGUGCUUUAAUCUCGUUCGUGCUGAAUCUCGACUUGUUCUCUAUGGCCGUUGACUGACCAUGGCCCUGCUGUCGAAGUGCAAAAUCUGCCUUUUGUCUUUCGAGGAUAGCGAAAGACAGGUGCAGAUGGGAGACGAUGUCGACGAGACCUUCAAGACGCUGUCGUUUAAGCUGCUGUCGAUCGGCUUUUUCCAGGGCGGGGUCGACAGUGAGGUGCCUUGCCAUCUCUGCCCUUGGUGUGCUGCUCGAGUUGAAGAUGCCUAUGAUUUGCAACAGCGGUGCAUAGAAGCCAGCAAGGUCUAUAAACAGAAGAAGAAAAGGACUGUUGGACCAGUUAAGGAUUCAAAUACUGUGGAAACGUUGCCCGAGGAGGUGACAAGCCUGACAACGAACAUUCUACCAGGGCUCAUUAGAAUAUCCAAAGUGGGUUCCUACAAUGCUAAAACAGUGUCUCACAUUAUGGCAGGAGCGCAUGACAUGUUUGUCAGUGUUCGAAACCUUUCGUCCUCCCUGAAGCAGAAUGCAACGCUUUUGGCUAGUGCUGUUCAGUUCACAGAAACUACUCUCUCAUUCAUCAUAGUGUUUCUGUCAAUGAAUAAAGUUUCAUCUACCAUGGAAAAAAGUGCUGAAGCAAUAAUGGAAGAAGCUAAAAUGUGGAAAACAAAAUCUGCUAUGCUUAGUGACGCUGCAAGUUUUGUUGAGUGUGUGUCCCCGAUGAAGGUAAAGUCACCUAGAGAACGUCCUCCACCCAAAAACAUGCAGAAAAUUGUUGAAAAACUUGCGCAAAUUGGUGAGGAUCUCCAGCAGAGGUCAAAGGAUCUGCAGGAGGUUGAAGAGAAUCUUGAACCAGACACAGAGGAUAGAAAUCAAGCUGCUGAGGAUCUCCCACCAGAUUCAGAAGACAUUCAAAAUCCCCAACCAAAUCCAGAGAAUCUCUUACAAAGUCCAGAGAAUCUCCAACAAAAUCCAGAGGAUCUACAGAAAUGUAGAGAGAAUCUCCAACAAAAUCCAGAGGAUCUACAGAAAUGUAGAGAGAAUCUCCAACAAAGUACAAAGGGUCUCCAGCAGAAUGCAGAGGGUCUCCGGCAAGAUUCAGAAGCAGAGGACGUGCAGCAAAGUCAUGAAAAUUCACAGGAUCUGUGCAAAAAGACGAAUGAUCUCCAGCGUGGUGAAGAGGUACUUCAUGAAGAUAUCACAACUGUGCCCUGUGACCAAGGGACUAGUACCCAAGUCUCAAUUCCUGAUAAUUUUGAGAUUGCAACUGAUCUGUCCCUAGCUAGACCUCAUGAACCAGGUGUAAGUGAAUCAGAAGACAUUACUGAGUUGGCAACUCUUGAAGAACAAUCUCUCCGACGAAGCUUACGAAAUAGGUCAAUGGUAGACACGCUAGUCUAUUGGCCCAAUUUUAAGAAGCAAGUUGCAUGUGAUAAACUGCCCACUCCAAGUUCUAAACCUUGCAGUUCACCAACCCUGACAUCCACUCAGGCUUUAGAUCGCCUACUUCUAAGGAGAGACGUAGAUUCUGAAUCUGAUACUGGAAGCAAUGAAAAGUGGGCCAUUGUACACAAAAGAAAGUCUUCACUUCAACUUGAGUCUCGGAAAAGGAGAUCAGGGGAUCAAAUUGGAUCUGAUGUCUCUUUACCUGCUACAGACUGCGCUUCAGUUGAGAAUCAGUGUGAAUCCACCCAAGAGGGAACAGAAAAAAAUAGGAUAAGGAGAGGAAAAAUUCAACACAUUGACAAGUUGAAAACCAUUCCAAGAAGUUCAAAUGUAAAGACUGAAGCUGUAAGUAGUGACAAUCAAAAUAUUUCUGGUGAUGUAGACCAACAAGGACUUGAUAAAAAUUUUGUUGAGUCUAAUGGAAAAGCAGAAACUAAUUCAAGUCUCAAAGUAAAACUUUUCUCACCAAGGACUAGGACUUGCAAUAUAUGUGGAAAAACUUUAAAAUGCACUAGAAAUUUACGAGCACAUAUGAAUAUGCACACUGGCUCAUCUCCUUAUCAGUGUAGUUUUUGCCCUAAACUGUUCACUUCUAGUUGGAAUCGUAUUCAACAUGAACGUGUGCACACAGGUAUAACACCUUACAAGUGUGAUUUAUGUAAAGAGUCUUUCAGGUACAAUGUAUCACUCCGUCAUCACAAAUUGAAAGCACAUGAUGGUAUGUGAAAUUCUAAUCUGUCAUUAUGUACAUAUGCAUCCUAUGCAUAUUUCAGUAAAAUCAUUUUUCAAAAUUGAGAACUUGGUGACCUUCUGUUUUAUUUAUUAUUUCCUUUGUUUAAAAAGCCAAUUAUGAGUAUAAUUUGCAUGUAUUUGAGCCAAGAAUAUAGUUAAGUUAUGCAGUAA